UUGACCUACUUUCGUUUCAAAGUGUAAACAAACAAAAACUUCAAAUUGUCAAGCUCUAGAUAUGAUUGUGUAUUACGGGACAACAAAAAAUAUAUGUUUGCGGUUAAUUAGAUCGUUUACUUAGAGCAUCAUUUCAAUGUUUAUAAGAAUAAUGAUAUCCUCUGCGCAGAAGAAAUCCAACAUCAUACAGUACCAAUGCUGGUGGAGCUAUGGGCAAACCUGUUAGCCGGGCUGUACUUGUAUCUGAGACCAAUGAUUAAAUGGCUGAUACGACGUGUCACGGGAAAAUGCGAGUUACUGCGGAUCACUUAUCAGUACACACAAGGAGCUCAGAGGACAAAAUGCAUUGAGUACAGCCUGAAGCGCUCCAGCAGCCGUCAACUACAGCGACUUGUUAAAGAAGAGGACACCAACAUUGAAGCUGCUGUUGUGCUUGUUAUGAAGGAGAAAAAGGUGUUCCCAGAGGUCCAUUCCCAGUUUGAACCUAUCUUCAGGCAGAGUUUGAUACAGAUAAAUGGAUAUGUCUGCUUGAUGUAUGCUGUUGAAAAUCUCCGUCAGAUAAAAUUUUCCAGUGAAAACUCAGACCAUGAGAAAAAACUCAUGAAGUUAUGGGGAAUUCUUGGACAAGGAGAAGCUUUAACAUCGAGGAUAAGCUCCCAGUGGACCCAGAUCGGUUUCCAAGGCAACGACCCGAUGACAGACUUCCGUGGCAUGGGCUUGUUAGGACUGGAACAACUAUUGUACUUUUGCACCAAAUACGGAAAUGAAGCAAAGGCAAUGCUGUCUAGGUCACACCAUCCGAAAACUGGGUACUCGUAUGCUAUUGUGGGUAUAAACAUGACGGAGCUUGUGUACCACCUGAUGAAGACGGGACGUCUCAGGACCCACUUCUACAAUAAAUUCACCACCCGUCCAUCCCUGGAUGACUUUCAUGAAGUUUACUGCUGCGUGUUCCAUGAAUUUGACUCAUUCUGGAUAUCAGAGAAUCCCAAGGACAUUAUGGACUUUGGACGUAUACGAGAAAAGUACCGCAAGAAAAUAGCUUCCAUGUUAAAGGACCGCAAAACUAUCUUGUCUGCAUCAUUUCAGGAAACUUAGUCUGACCUCAUCAUUACAAUCCUUCUAGUCAAGGGAUCAUGUCUUCUUCAUUAAUGUGAUACCAACAAAAUAUUUGCAUGUACAAUUGAUUAAUCUUGAAAAUGUGUUUAUUGCAAAUUAAUUGCUAGUGCUUAAGAUUGACCAUAUGUUCAGAUAACAUCUGUAAAAUAUUCAUAUCUGUAAAAGGAUGCAUGUUUGUCAACUUAAACUAUUUCUAGUUGUCUUUUGUAAACAAACUGCCAACCUGUUGGGCAAAGCAUGUCUGCAGGCACAGCAAAAGACCACCUAUGAUAGGUGUAUACAUAUCGCAUCAUUAAAACUUAGAUGUGAAUUUCAGAUUGUGCUGAAACUAAAAUCUAAGAUAUUUGGAUGUGCCAGUGAUAUGUUUAUGCUUGACAUAUCACAACUGCUAUAAUUAAGGGUGCAGAGUAUUCAGACAUUUUUGUGCUAUGUCUGAUAGCUCGAAGCUGUAUCAGUGGUACAACAUGAUCUCAGCUUUAAAAUAACAUUUGCAAUGUGACUGUGUUGUUUCUUAAGUUAAGGACAAGCAUGUUUCCUUAAGUAAUGCAUAGAACCAGGGGCCAUAAUCAUAAAGCAUCUAAAUGAAUAUUUUCAACUUAGUAAAAAAAUAUUGUUUUUUUCUACUGCGGUAUGUUGAACAUAUAAAAAACUGACAAUUUACUUAAAUAAUAUAUAAGAAAAAAAAGCAAGAAAACAUCCAAAUAAUAAAUGCAUAUGAUCAGUUUAAAUAUGAAUAUGUCAUACACAUUGAAUACAAGUUAUUUUUUAAAUUCAUGUAACAAUUAAUUAUGUACUUCAUGUAUUACCAUAACAAAGCUAUUUUGUAUUUUAGAGUAUAAACUAUUACCAUGGACCUAUAAACUGUUUAUACGUCUGUGCUGUUACUAUCUACUAUCACUGUCUGUAAAUAAUUAUCAUCCCUUUCUGACUUAUAUUUUAAUAAAAUGUCAAAAACAUU